AUGGCAGGUCUGCAGCAGGCCCUGCACCCCGAAGGCCAGCACUGGGCGGCACCAUACAGGACGACCUGCCUACCCUGCCAGAGCCCUUGGGUGCUCACUGUUACUCAUCAUCUGAGGACACCCUCUUCCACAUCAGUCCUCUCUGUGGUACUUUGGGGUGUCCUUCUGUGGGCUGACUCCCUUUCCCUGCCGGCAUGGGCAGGAGAAGCCUUUACCAUUGGGGUUCUGGGUCCCUGGGACUGUGACCCCAUCUUUUCCCAGGCCCUCCCCAGCGUGGCUGCCCAGCUGGCUGUAGAUGGAGUCAAUAAGGAUGCCUCGCUGCUGCAGAGCUCGCAGCUGGAUUUCAAGGUCAUCCCCACAGGCUGUGACGCCCCUCAUGCCCUGGCUACAUUCGUGGCCCACAAGAACACAGUGGCUGCUUUUGUGGGCCCUGUCAAUCCUGGGUACUGCCCAGCGGCAGCCCUGCUGGCCCAAAGCUGGGGCAAGUCCCUCUUCACCUGGGCCUGCGGGGCUCCCAAGGGCGGAGGUGACUUAGUGCCUACUUUGCCUUCUGCCACCCACGUGCUACUGUCUGUCAUGAGACACUUUGGCUGGGCUCGUUUGGCCAUCGUGUCCUCUCACCAGGACAUCUGGGUAACCACAGCCCAGCAGCUGGCCACAGCUUUCAGGGCCCAUGGGCUGCCCAUCGGAUUAGUGACCUCUUUGGGACCCGGAGAGAAGGGGGCCACAGAGGUCUGCAAGCAGCUGCAUGGUGUGCAUGGUCUGAAAAUCGUGGUGCUGUGCAUGCACUCGGCACUGCUCGGAGGCCUGGAGCAGACCACCCUGCUUCACCGUGCUUGGGAGGAGGGCCUGACAGACGGGAGACUGGUCUUCCUGCCCUACGACACGCUGCUGUUUGCCCUGCCCUACCGCAACCACUCCUACCUGGCCCUGGAUAACCGUGGGCCCCUUCAGGAGGCCUACGAUGCAGUCCUCACUAUCAGCCUGGAGUCUGGUCCUGAGAACCACGUCUUCACCGUUAGUAAGAUGAAUGGAGGAACUACUGCCAACCUGGAGCCCGAACAGGUGUCCCCACUCUUUGGAACUAUUUAUGAUGCUGUCAUCCUACUGGCCCAUGCCCUGAACCGCUCGGAGACCCAUGGAGCAGGGCUCUCCGGGGCUCGCUUAGGGGACCACAUAAGAGCUCUUGAUGUGCCUGGUUUUGGCCAGAGAAUUCGGGUGGAUGAGGAAGGAAGAAGGCUAGCCCAGUAUGUCAUCCUGGACACAGAUGGUGAAGGAAGCCAGCUGGUUCCCACUCACAUCCUGGAUACAGGCACAUGGCAGGUGCAGCCCCUGGGAAAGGCUGUCCACUUUCCUGGAGGGGGCCCUCCAGCCCGUGAUACCAGCUGCUGGUUCGACCCUAACACGCUGUGCAUAAGAGGUGUGCAGCCCCUGGGCAGCCUCCCGACUCUGACACUGGCCUGCGUCCUGGCCCUGGUUGGUGGAGUCCUUGCUUACCUCAUCAGGAUAGGCCUCCAGCAGCUGCAGCUGCUGUGGGGCCCCCAUCGGAUCCUGCUGACAGCUCGGGAGCUCACCUUCCUCCAGCGGACCCCAAGCCAGCGGAGGCUGCAUGUGGACAGCGGCAGUGAGUCAAGAAGUGUGGCUGACGGUGGGAGCCCAAGGUCGGGGACCCAGGGGUCAGCAAGGAGCCCACCGGCCUUCCUGGAGCACACCAGCAUGGCGCUGUGCCAGGGGGACUGGGUAUGGCUGAAGAAGUUUGAAGCAGGCAUGGCUCCUGAGCUGCGGCCAAGUAGCCUCAGCCUUCUGAGAAAGAUGCGGGAGAUGCGUCAUGAGAAUGUCACUGCCUUCCUGGGCCUCUUUGUGGGCUCUGGGCUUAGUGCGAUGGUGCUGGAGCACUGUACCCGUGGCAGCCUGGAGGAACUGCUGCAGAAUGAGGCCCUGAGGCUUGACUGGACCUUCAAGGCCUCCCUACUGCUGGAUUUGAUCCGAGGUAUGCGGUAUCUGCACCAUCGACAUUUCCCCCAUGGCCGCCUCAAGUCCAGGAACUGUGUGGUGGACAGUCGCUUCGUGCUCAAGAUCACUGAUUAUGGUUAUGCCGAGUUCCUGGAAUCCCAUUGUUCUCCUAGGCCUCACCCAGCCCCAGAAGAGCUUCUAUGGACGGCUCCUGAGCUGCUGAGGGGGCCAGGGGUCCCGGGGAAAGCCACCUUCAAAGGCGAUGUUUUCAGCCUGGGCAUUGUCCUGCAGGAGGUACUGACCCGAGGCCCACCCUACCACUCCUCGGGGCUCUCAGCAGAAGAGAUCAUCCAGAAGGUGGCAUCUCCCCCUCCUCUGUGUCGGCCGCUGGUGUCCCCUGACCAGGGUCCCCGAGAGUGCAUCCUGCUGAUGCGGCAGUGCUGGGAGGAAGCUCCAGAUGACAGGCCGAGCAUGGACCAGAUCUACACGCAGUUCAAAAGCAUCAACCCAGGCAAGAGGACAAGUGUGGCAGACUCCAUGCUGCGGAUGCUGGAGAAGUAUUCCCAAAGCCUGGAGGGUCUGGUCCAGGAGCGGACCGAGGAGCUGGAAUUGGAGAGGCGGAAGACAGAAAGGCUGCUGUCACAGAUGCUCCCCCCGUCUGUCGCCCACGCUCUAAAGAUGGGAACGACAGUGGAGCCUGAGUACUUCAACCAGGCCACCAUCUAUUUCAGUGACAUCGUGGGUUUCACCACCAUCGCAGCCCUGAGUGAGCCCAUUGAGGUGGUGGGCUUCCUCAAUGACCUCUACACUCUGUUCGAUGCUGUCCUAGACAGCCAUGAUGUGUAUAAGAUAGAGACCAUCGGGGAUGCCUACAUGGUGGCCUCUGGGCUCCCUCGGCGCAAUGGGAGUCGGCAUGCGGCUGAGAUCGCCAACAUGGCCCUGGACAUACUUAGCCGUGCAGGUGACUUCCGCAUGAGGCAUGCGCCCGAGGUGCCCAUCCGUGUCAGGGCCGGUCUGCACUCAGGGCCCUGCGUGGCGGGGGUCGUGGGCCUCACCAUGCCUCGGUACUGUCUCUUCGGGGACACUGUCAACACUGCCUCCAGGAUGGAGUCCACAGGGCUGCCGUACAGAAUCCACGUUAGCCGAAGCACCGUCCAGGCCCUGCUCAGCCUUGAUGAAGGCUACAAAAUUGAUGUCAGAGGCCAGACUGAACUGAAGGGGAAGGGCUUGGAGGAGACCUACUGGCUGACAGGGAAGGUGGGAUUCUGCAGACCCCUCCCUACACCCCUGUCUAUCAAGCCUGGAGACCCAUGGCAGGACCGCAUAAACCAAGAAAUCCGGACCGGCUUUGCCAAAGCGCGCCAGGGUCUGACUGAGCCCAGGAGGCCACAGGAGGCUGCGCCAGGUCCCUGA